UUGCCUUCCACGUCCCACAGCCAACCAUAUGGAAACACCUGCUCUCCCUUUUACCAGAAAGGCGUUAACAGUAGACGAAAAGGCUUCAACUGAACACGAAACUGGCUGAUAAAUAAGGAAUUUUUGAGGCUAUUAUGGUAUUUACACGACGGGAGAUGAAUCUAGGCGGGGCCGGCAUGUACCCGAGAUUCCAUCUCUUCUCCCUGUAUACCGCUCCUUUUUUCUUGGGGAAGAAGGUGGCAGCUUUGGCCUAACAUUUUUAAGGGCUUCUUGUUCUUGGGAUUCUCCUCUUCCCCUUCUUCCUGUUUGUGUGAUUUCUUACUCGGAGCAUUCUCGAGCAUCUUUGUUCCAGAGAUCUCUUCGGUUUUGGUUUUGGUGGUGGUGGUGGUCAGAGAAUGGGGGAUUCGAAGCCGAAGUCGGGAGCCUGGCAAACCGUGAAGCCAUUCGUCAAUGGCGGGGCCUCCGGGAUGUUGGCCACCUGCGUCAUUCAACCGAUUGAUAUGAUUAAGGUGCGGAUUCAAUUAGGUCAAGGAUCAGGCUUGCACGUUGCCAAGACAAUGCUGAGCCAGGAGGGCGUGGGUGCCUUCUAUAAGGGCUUGUCUGCAGGUUUACUAAGGCAAGCUACUUACACAACAGCACGACUUGGAUCUUUCAGGGUCUUAACAAACAAAGCUGUUGCUGCUAAUGAUGGGAAGCCACUUCCUCUCUACCAAAAAGCUCUCUGUGGACUUACAGCAGGGGCAAUUGGUGCAUGUGUUGGCAGUCCUGCAGAUCUAGCUCUUAUUCGUAUGCAAGCGGAUGCCACUUUACCGCUUGCUCAACGUCGAAAUUACACAAAUGCCUUUCAUGCACUUUACCGUAUUAUAACUGAUGAAGGGGUUCUAGCACUUUGGAAGGGAGCAGGUCCCACUGUUGUAAGGGCCAUGGCUUUGAACAUGGGCAUGCUUGCUUCUUAUGAUCAAAGCGUGGAGUUUUUUAAGGAUAACCUUGGGUUCUCUGAAGUGAGCACUGUAAUUGGGGCAAGUGCUGUAUCUGGUUUUUUUGCAUCCGCCUGCAGUCUGCCUUUUGACUACGUGAAAACACAAAUACAGAAAAUGCAGCCAGAUGCUACUGGGAAGUAUCCAUACACUGGUUCUUUUGAUUGUGCCAUGAAGACGCUGAAAUCUGGGGGCCCUUUCAAAUUUUAUACCGGGUUCCCAGUUUACUGUGUUCGUAUUGCUCCCCAUGUUAUGAUGACGUGGAUAUUUUUGAACCAGAUCCAAAAAUUAGAGAAGGCUGCUGGGUUGUAAGGUUGCCCAUUCCUUCUCUCUCUCAAUGACUUUGUCCCUCCAAUUGAAGAAUGCCUUCAGUUAACCAUGGUUCCUUUUACAAUUUGCUAUGCCCAGGUUUUCUCUUCUCUGUGGCAUCAUUUUGUUUCAAUGGCAAACUGACUAACCAGAAAAUUUGUAAUAAAGUGAAAAUUUCAGUGCAACACAGUUAGCUUUUCUUCAUACUCUUGAAGUUUCUUGAAUGUUAGCUACUUCAUAGUGAAAUAGAAUGACUUCGAAAGGCCAGUCUAUCAAGUGGACUGCUAAUCUUAUGUACAUAAAAGUUUCAAUUUUGUUAUGUAGAAAC